GCACUCUUCAGACUUCCUCCUCUGCGUGUUUUCAUAAACAAACCACAUUUUUUCCUCCCGCUGGGGCCGUCGCACGGUCAUCCUGUCAGCCUGCCAGCACUGUCGGAUUCCUGCUCCCGUUUCAGCGAAGGCCGCGGAGGAACUUUGGAAAACUGGUUCGGAUUCAAACCCGGGACGCGGGUAAACGGGCUGCAGCGACCGGAGCCUGUCUGUGUUUGUCUUUGUUGUCCGAGCCGUCAGCGCGUGGUCGACACUUGGACGGAGCCGACCUGCCGACCACCUUACCUGCUGCUUUGAAUCCGCUGUCAGCCACCCUGUGCCGGCCGUGCAGACUGCAGAGAGCCUCAGUAGUACCAGCCAUGGUGAAGCUGACAAAGGCCAAGACGUUCCAGGCUUACCUGGACUCCUGCCACCGUCGCUACAGCUGUGUGCACUGCCGCGCCCACCUGGCCAACCAUGACGAUCUUAUUUCCAAGUCUUUCCAAGGCAGCCAAGGACGAGCCUACCUCUUCAACUCUGUGGUGAACGUCGGCUGUGGUCCUGCGGAGGAGAGGCUGCUGCUCACAGGACUUCACGCAGUCGCCGACAUCUACUGUGAAAACUGUCACACCACACUUGGCUGGAAAUAUGAACAAGCCUUUGAGCUGAGUCAGAAGUACAAGGAAGGGAAGUUUAUCAUCGAGCUGUCCCACAUGAUAAAGGACAACGGCUGGGACUGAGGAGAAAACUUUCAUCUUUCUUCAUGACUUUUUCAAAAGUUGCAUUCCCUCGACUUUAAAGGGUUCCAGUGUAGCUUCCUCAUCCCGCGUUCGAGCCAUUGCUGUGCCACACUUUCACUUCGUACGGCUUUGCCAAGAGUAGCAUGUGAUGCCUUAUCUUCUGUUCUUCGUGUUUUUCCAGCGACCACAACAACACAUUUGCUGAUAUUUCUAUCCCAAUUGCUAGUUGUGCUGGGACAUGGACUGAAUGAGUGCAGGGUUUGUGUGUGAACGACUGGGAGAUGUAGUCACACAGGCACGUGUGCAUGUUGGAUUUUAAAGUGUGUGUUUGAGUGAUGAAACUCUUAUCAGCGACCGACCACUGAGCAGUCGCACUGUGGGGGGCGAGAACAGUGUCAAGUCAAACAAUCUGACCUUCUUACACAUCAGAUGCAGGUAUUUGGGUUUUCCUUUUGAGUUUAAGGUGCACUUUUAGACAUAUCUGGCCCAAACUGAGUAAAGUAUCUAGUAUUUUGUGGGGGGAUGGGAAUGCUUAUAGCAGUGGGAGGGCUUGUUUUUUUUAUGAAUGAAAUUAAUUUUUUUAUGGUCAGAUCAGUAACACAUUUUGCCAAAGGCAAUCAGUAUGUUGAAAUAGUAAUGUUAAAGCCCGCAAACGUCUCCUGCAAGAAUUCUUAAAUCUGGAGUAUGAGUGUCUUCUGCUUGUAGGUAAUACAUUUUAGAGUGUGUGUGUGCGUGUGUGUGUGUGUGUGCGCGUGUGCGUGUGCGCGCUGAGAUGUCUUAGCUGGACGGUGUUGAGAAGCAUUAUUCUGGGGUUCACAUCUAGAGUUUCCACUGCACAGCUGGGAUAUCAUCACUUUUACUUCAUGCUGAUGAAAUCUGUCCUACAUGUUUGUGUAUAGCCUAACACUGAGCCGCCCUUACAGAUACAUUUACUCAAUCGUGUUAGAGCAAAGUGUGAUUAGGAUUAUGUAGCAUAUUUAUGGUGAUUUUUACUGUCUGCUUCUUUCAUUAAAAGUGUAUUAUUUUAGCCUAAUCUUUCAUUAAAAUACAGUGUGUCUGUAACCAGUU